AUGGGUUACGAUGACAUUCUACCACACCUUGGCGGGUUCGGCCGGUACCAGCGCAGAAUUUACGUGCUGCUCUGUUUGCCGGCAAUAUGCUGUGCAUUCCACAAGUUGGCCGGAGUGUUUCUGCUGGCCGUUCCGGACUAUCGCUGCAAGUUGCCGUAUGAAUUGUCGAACGCUAGCUAUGCGAUGGAACCGGAUCGCAUCUCAAUGGCCUUCCCGAUCGAUACGCUGACCACGAAACGGUCGACAUGCUUCUAUUUCGAUGCAAACUUCACGGAGUCAUACUGGAGUGGAGGAACACCGGCCGCCGGCGUGCGACCCUGCAAUCAAUGGGUAUACGAUCGAAGCAAAUUCGAAAGCAGUACCGUUACCGACUGGGACAUGGUGUGUGAUCGCGGCUGGUUGCGUGCCUCGGCAGACUCCCUCUUCAUGGUCGGCGUUAUGCUUGGCAGCAUCGGGUUCGGCUAUCUUUCCGACAAGUAUGGCCGGAAGCCAAUUUUUUUUGCGUCCCUUGUGUUGCAGGUCAUCUUUGGAGUGCUAGCCGGCGUCGCACCUGAGUUCUUCACGUAUACACUGGCCCGGAUGGUGGUGGGAGCCACCACUUCCGGCGUGUUUCUGGUGGCUUAUGUAAUUGCGAUGGAAAUGGUCGGUCCGAACGAUCGCCUGUACGCCGGAGUGGUCUGCAUGAUGUUCUUUUCUGUCGGCUACAUGCUAACGGCCGCAUUUGCGUACUUCAUCCACGAGUGGCGCAUGCUGCAGAUCGCACUGACACUGCCAGGUGUACUAUUCCUUUGCUACUGGUGGUUCAUCCCGGAAUCGGCCCGCUGGCUUCUCUCGAACGGACGACCGACUGAAGCGAUCAAACUGAUUGAAAGAGCGGCACAGUGCAACCGGCUGACCGUUCCUCAGGAGGCGCUCGAUAAACUGCAGGAAGAAGACAAGGUGUCGUCACAGCAGCAGGAAGACGCGAACGAGACGAAACCGUCGCUGCUGGACGUUUUCAAAUACCCGAACCUGCGUCGCAAAGCGAUGCUGAUCUUCUUCGAUUGGUUCGUCAACAGUCUCACGUAUUACGGUCUAUCAUGGAACACAAACAACCUGGGCGGUAAUCCGUUGCUGAACUUUGUCAUCAGUGGUGCCGUUGAGAUACCGGCUUACUCGUUCCUGCUGGUCACCUUAAACCGUUGGGGGCGACGGACGAUCCUGUGCGGAUGCAUGAUCUUCGCCGGGACGAUGCUGCUAACCACUAUGGUCGUUCCGCAGUCGGAGCAGUGGCUCAUCGUGGUAUUAGCAAUGCUCGGUAAAAUGGCCAUAACGUCAAGCUACGGUACCGUUUACGUUUUCUCGGCCGAGCAAUUCCCGACCGUCAUUCGAAACGUAGCGCUGGGAGCCUCCUCGACCAGUGCACGCGUUGGUGGAAUACUCGCACCAUACUUCAAUCUUCUGGGCGACUACUGGCAACCGCUACCGCUUCUCAUCUUCGGGUCGCUCGCGUUUGUUGGCGGAGUGCUGUCGUUGUUGUUGCCGGAAACACACAACCAAAAGCUACCGGAAACGAUAGCAGACGGUGAAAACUUUGGCAAGCAGAAGUCAGUACCCGGGUCCGGCAAUGCUGGCAUCAUCGGUGGCGGUCGAGACGUUGAACGGACGGCAGAAGAAAUGCAGGUGCUGAGCAAACCAGAGCCUUCGCGUUUGUCGUCGACAGACGACAUCAGGUGCAAACAAUCAUCAUCGGAACAGGGCGCUGCGGUUACCGACGGAGCCACCGAUGGCGAAAAAACCGAAAAGUAUUGAACUGUACCGUUGGCGCUAAUAAGCCCAACAGUUCGUGUGGACGACCGGUGACAUGAUAGACGUUUUUCGGGCAAGCUUAUACAAUCUGGAGUACAGGGGAGCAAACUAAAAAAUUAAUUUUUUUAACAAUCCAAUCAGUGUGUAGGGCAAAUGGCAUUCCUAUUCUUUCAAAACUCACAUCAUUUUAAGGCUUAUUAAGGCGCGCCAAGAUGCCAUUCUUGCAAAACAUGCCUAAAUGCGAAGUCUUUUCCCCUGAAAAUCGUACGAGAUCGGACGAUUUCCCCUUUGCCACGGUGUAACACGUUAAUUUCUCAUUUUCUGCUAUCUCGCUCUCUCGCGCUCUGACAAGCGCAAGGCGAAUAUUCCAAGAAAGCUGCAAGAGGCUCACCGACAGAACCGAAAUUCCUUUUUAAAUCCGCAUAAUUCAUAACUAAGGGCUGCACGAUGUGCAUGUGCCAACGAGACGAAACUUGAAAAGACGUUUCUUAUGAAGUUUGUAUAAUUCACAACCGUAUGAGCGGUGGUGCGGUCAAUCAAUAGCAAGAUGAAAUUCUGCAUGUCCCGAACCCAGUGGCAGCUUACAGACUGUAUCGUGUUUUACCCACGGAAACUUCAAUCAUAUGUGGGAAUAACUUCUCAUUGACGUCACCAGCAAACCAGUAUCUACAUAGUUUCAAUUUUCUCGACAUUAUAAGUUUACUGGUGAAAAUAUUGAAAGUUAUUGAAAGUAAUUUUAAACUAACAUGCCGUGCCACGUGAAAGCUGUUGGGUUUGAGUUGACGAAUAACAAGCUGCUUUAAGCCUCCAACAUUUGUUAUUACUGAGUCUUGAUUAUGCUAUCAGUUAGGAGGCAGAUUGCCUGUGAAUAGUUUUGAGCGUCCUACUGAAUGCAACCUGAAAGUGAAAAGAUUAAACCAUCCAGACUGCAGUUGUGAGGCAUCAAUAUUGUACCAAACCAACUCAGUGAAUCUCCUAGUAGCAUUUUGUCCACAUACACAGAUUGCGUAGCGUCCAAUAUAAUGGCGCUACAGAUGUUCACGUGGCUUACGUUACUUCACUGACAUAAUUCGCGAAAACUAUUUUUAUGCCCAAUGCGCUAAAAGUGAUGGAUGUGGUUGUAGCUCGUUUCACUCGUUCAUCCAAUACACGAGCGCUGGUACUAAAACUGCUCGCUAGCUGAGGCAAAAAAGAUGCCCCACUUAACGAUUCUGAAUGUUGCCGUUAAAUUCUUUCGAAUUUGCUCAUUUUCCGUCACCGCUUAUAUUUCCAUUGAACGCACGGGACAAUUCGUUAAUGAUCCACGAAACAAGAUGCCUUUUUUGCAAUUUCCGUGGCACAGAUGACUUAAAUCGGAACAAUAACUAUUCAUUGAAAUGACUUUAAAUGUGUACCGCUAAGCUAAGUGAAGAUAGCAUAUGUUUAACACACAGAUGUUUAAAAAAAAGAGUAAAGCAAUGAAAUAUUUAACAACAUAUUUCAACCUUUUUAUUUUUUCGACGCGAUUCAAUUGUAAAAGCUUGAUCAUGGUUUAGAAUAGACGCCACUUAUUUUGUUAAAAAAAUAACAACAGCAAAAUUAUUGUUAAUCAUAGCCACAUAAACAUUCCAUGUCGUAGUACUGUAAGCUUUAGAAUUAGUGCAGAAAAAUGGAAAGGGCUACAGUAUAGUUGUAUUUUGUUGUAAAAUCCGCUUAGAGAAGAAAUAACGUAACUUUCUUUGAGUAUCCGUCUUUGGUUGCUAUAUCAUACCAAUUCGUUUUUAUUUUCCAAAAUCAAGCCAAACUGUUUGCUCGUCACAGCACCGAAAUAGUGUAGGUAAUCGAGGGAAUGUUGAGCUUAUCAUUCGACAAAAUGGCCUUUGAAUCAUUCAAUCUAGCGAUACACACUUUACGGAGUGAUAAGCCAUGUCCGCAACUGAAUCUAUCAGCUGUUGGCAACAACACGACAAUUUUCUCUGAGUAGUAUCAUUUGUAUGCGUAGAUCUUGUAUGAUAACUAAAACUUUAUGACAAAACUCGUUUGAUGUUGCUAUAGCCCGUACUUAUCAAGAAUGG